UACACGUGAUCCGCGCCGCGUGCUUUGCGCUACCCCUCACUUAGCGUUCCAUUCGUAGCUGCUCUGCUUAUGCAAAAUCGAAGGCGCCUUCCCGAGCCCUUCGCGAGCCUCGAAAAAGCCAACGCUGCCGCACCGGUCCGUCACGUCCGCUGAGUACCUCCGAGCAACCCCGUCGGCAGGUCGAAGAUGUCGCACUCGCCGCUCAGGAAGGUCUCGGAAUCGACGUCAAAGACGUCGCCGCUGUCGAGGCCUCCCACGGAGUCGGCCUCCCGCAGCUCCAGGGCUUCCCGCCUGCUUCAAUCUGUCCGGCGCAGCAUCGCCACCGAGAUGACGGCCGCGAUGUCCGAGGCGACCGUGGCGCGGCGGCCCUUCCUCAUGGCGGAGACCGUGGGCGAGCUCCAGGAAGAGGAACGCAGCACGUCCACCUUCUCCUGGGACGCGUCCCUGCUCGCCUCGAGCGCCUCCCUCUUCUGGGUGAUGCUGGACGUGAUGUUCAAGGUGAACCCGUCCAUCGCGACGCCCAAGCUGCUGUUCCACUUCUCGUUGGGCAUCUUCGUCGGGAGCAUGACGCUCAUGUCGGGCAUCGCCGAGCCCUACGGCCCGCUGACCGCCCAGUCGCUGCUGUUCGUGCGCAGCGUCGCCAUGACAGGCGCGCACUUCGCGCGCCUCUUCUCGCUGCGGUUCCUGACCGUGAUCGACGCGUACACCGUGAGCAGCCUGGGACCCGUGCUGGCGGUGCUGCCGGAGUGCACCAGCCGCGAGGGGGCCACCGUGGGUCGCGUGCUGCCGCUGUGCAUGGCCGCGCUCGCGCUGUGCCUGCUGGGCUACUCGAAGCAGUACCGCGCCUCGGAUCCCACGUCGGCGCGUCGCUUCGCGGCCGGCUGCGCGCUCACGCUCACGGCCUCGGUGCUGCGCGCCGCGGUGAGCCACUUCAACAAGGCCACGUGGCACCUGCCCAGCGUGGUGCAGGAGUUCCACUUCUCGUUCGUCAGCCUCAUCGCGUCCUGCGUGCUGGUCGUGUUCUUCGACAACAUGCGCACCCUGUACGACGACCUCGACAUGGGCGCCAUGGUGUUCCUGGCGCAGGUGAGCUUCGCGUACCUCUUCGCCCUGACCAAGGCGCGCAGUAUGGAGCACCACGGCGUGGUCAACCUCUUCGUGUACGUCCUGGACGCGUGCCUGUCGCUCGCCGUCUCGCACCUGGUGCUCGACGAGGUGUCGGGCCGCCAGAGCGACUGCGCCGCGCUGCUCGUGAUGGCGGCCGUCAUCAUCGUCGAGGCCUGUCGCAUCGGCCAGGUGCACGUGGACUCCUGCAGCCACCACACCUGGUGGCUCGUGCUCAACUUGCCCGUCAUUUCGCCCCCGAGGCUGCUGUCCCCGGGAAGCGAGACACGUGCGCUUUCGGCCGCGCUCGCUGACGUGCAGCGCCAUUAGUGCGUGCAUAUGCCACGUCACGCCAGGCGGGGGCCUUCUUUCCCUAUAGGGACUUUAUUUGAGAGGCGCAUCACGCCAGUUUUGUUUCGUUUUGUGUUUAAUACCGAUCGUCUGACAGCUUCGCGCAUAAAGAAUGCUUUUGAUUUUUCUGCUGA